UACUACUUCAACAACAUGCUGAUGUCAGCAUCUGUAAGACGAAUGGUUGGACUCCUCUAAUGGCAGCAUCAUUCAAUGGACAUACUGAUGUUGUACAAACACUGAUUGAGGCUAAGGCACAGAUCAACACACAGGAAGAGGAUGGCAGGACUGCUCUUCACCUGGCAGCUCAAAAAGGCAAAGUUGAUGUGGUGAGACUACUGACUGAAGCUCAGGCUCUGGUCAACAUACAGACCGAGGAUGGCAUGACUCCUCUCUACAUUGCCAGUGAGGAAGGACAUGGAGCAGUUGUUAAUUUACUACUUCAACAACAUGCCGAUGUCAACAUCUGUAAGAAGAAUGGCUGGACUCCUCUAAUGACAGCAUCACUCAAUGGACAUACUGAUGUUGUACAAGCACUGAUUGAGGCUAAGGCACAGAUCAACACACAGAAAGAGGAUGGCAGGACUGCUCUUCACAUGGCAGUUAAAAAAGGCAAAGUUGAUGUGGUGAGAUUACUGACUGAAGCUCAGGCUCUGGCCAACAUAUGGACUAAGGGGGACAGACCCAUUGACAUUGCCAGAUCUAACGGUCACUCUGAGAUUGUUGAAAUCCUACAGAGAAUGUAGCAUUUUUUGACAUUGUAAUGCACACUGUAUACACACAACUUUAACUUUGUCAAAAUGAUAUGAUGGAGUCUGGCGAAAAGAUUCAGAUAUUUUAGUAUCAUACUACACAUAGCAGUAGUAGCUACUUGUAGAGUCUUGAUGGUAGAUUUCUUCCCUGUGGUCCCCUGGGUCUAGGAAAACUGGAGGUCAGAGAGGUCAGGUCACUGACAUGAGUUGCCUGCAUGGGGGAAAUGUCAUAUCUGUCAUCAAUUGGAACAUUUCUAACAUGAUUGGCGAACAAAGCGAGCCUACCUGUCUGAAUUGUGCAAUUUUAUCUAGUAUCUGAAAUACAUGCACGCAACACAGAUAAACAGCUGAAAUAUUUGCACUCGCAUUCACUCGCCAAUCAAUG